UUUCCAAAAACUGCAGGUGAAAGCGGUGAAUCGGCACUUUACUUGAAGCGAUUCUAUACACCGGUAUCUUCGCGUGUGCAAAAAAAAGAUCGAAAGAAAGAUGUACCGAAAUCAGUAUGACAAUGAUGUAACUGUGUGGAGCCCACAAGGCCGCCUGCACCAGGUGGAGUAUGCAAUGGAGGCCGUCAAGCAAGGUUCGGCGACGAUCGGUUUAAAGAACGCAGACUACGCGAUCCUACUUGCCUUAAAAAGGGCUUCGUCAGAACUGUCCGCUCAUCAGAAAAAGAUCAUACCUAUCGAUCGGCAUAUUGGUGUUUCACUUGCUGGUUUAACAGCUGACGCUCGCAUUCUCUCUAAAUAUCUCCGGAACGAAUGCCUAAACAACCGUUUCGCUCAUGAGUGCGCUUUGCCGAUUUCUCGGCUAGCCACUAGAAUGGGCAAUAAGAUGCAGGUGUGCACACAGCGCUACGAUCGACGGCCAUACGGUGUAGGCCUGCUUAUGGCUGGAUGGGAUGAGAACGGCCCACAUAUCUACCAAACAUGUCCGUCAGCCAACUUCUACGAUUGCAAAGCAAUGGCCAUUGGAGCUCGGAGCCAGUCUGCUAGAACGUAUCUUGAGAAACAUUUAGAUCAGUUUAAAACGUGCUCACUAGAGGAUCUGAUGAAGCAUGGUUUGCGAGCAUUGCGGGACUGCCUACCGAACGAUGUCGAAUUAGGCACGAAGAACGUGUCCAUUGCUAUUGUAGGAAAGGAUCGGGAUUUCACGAUCUACGAAGACGACGCCUGCAAUCAAUUCCUUGGCUUAAUCGCUGGCGAAGAACGAACUCGGGGAGGAGGUGUGCGAGAUCGUGGAGCUGAAGAAGCCGAAGAACAGAUGGAGCAGGCCUAGGCAAUGACGAUGUCGCCAUUGUCAUCAUCAUCAUCAUCAACAACAACAACCGAACGAAAUUAAUUUGUUUGCUAAGAUAAUAUUAUAUGAAUCGAGGUUCGUCAAAAGUGGCAACCCUGGAAA